AUGUUUAAUGGGUACUAUGGGUCAACGUCGGAGAGCAGUGACAGCGACGCGCCAAUCGACGAUGGAUCAUCCAUCAAGACAAUGGAUCUCAACUACCUGUUGCUGGACGGCGACACCAUCCAGAAGCAUUUGGACGAAAUGUGCAAGCGCAGCCGACCAGAUGGUAUCGACACGAUGUUGCUCAACCAUAACGCUAUGCUAACGUUGCCACCAGCAAUCAAUCGAUUCCAGCACCUCCGCGUGCUCGACAUUAGCAACAACCGGUUGACGCAUGUGCCUGACUUCGUGGCACGGUUACCGCUCACUACGCUGGUCGCCAAGAACAAUCUGAUUGAUGAUGAAGGGUUCCCUAAGGAAUUCGGUUGUUCCGCUCACCUCAAGGUGCUCAACAUUAGCGGUAACAGGUUGUCGCACUUCCCCAAACAGCUGCUGUCGGUCACCACUCUCGAGUAUCUGUACAUGGGCAGCAACAACCUUGUCGAAAUACCCAAAGAUGUCAACAAACUCAUCAGGUUGAAGUUUUUAUGUUUGGGUGGAAAUCAUCUGUCAGAUGUACCUGUGACUUUGGGUAUGUUGGAUAAUUUGAAAGCCCUAAACUUGAGCGAUAACUCACUGGAGAGUUUGCCGCCAGCCAUUGCCAAUCUCAAACACCUAAAAUCGUUGAUGUUACACAAAAACAGACUUCGUACACUACCUAUAGAAAUCAUAUCAUUGAAGUGCCUCACAGAGUUAAGCCUGAGGGACAAUCCAUUGGUUGUGAGAUUCGUAAGUGAUAUGACGCAUAAUCCACCAUCUUUACUCGAACUGUCUGCUAGAUCAGUGAAAAUUAACAAUGUACAAUACGGAGAACGCGAUUUGCCUUACAAUUUGAUUGAAUACUUAUCGAGCGCACAUCAUUGUGUCAACCCUAAGUGUAAAGGGGUGUUUUUCGACGACAGAGUUGAACACAUUAAGUUUGUGGACUUUUGUGGCAAAUACCGUAUUCCGUUGCUACAGUACCUGUGUUCAUCAAAAUGUAUAGUCAAUCACAGAAACAUACUUGGAGAUAGCACCGACAGCAAUAUGAUGAGAAAAGUUUUACUCGGAUAA